AUGGCCUUGAACCUUGAAAAACAGCUCCUCUUCUAUGGUUCUUACCACCAUGAUCCGGUCAACAUUGGUAUCCACAUAACCUUUGUGCCGAUACUGCUCUUGACGGGGUUCCUUUUCGGAACGAAUACUCCCGCUGUAUCAGCCCCGGAAUGGCUGUCCAUCCCAUACUUGCCGUAUAACCUCGGAACCAUCGCCUGCUUUCUGUACUCAUCCUUGUACGUCCUCAUGGAACCAGUCGCAGGCGCAAUGCUGGCACCUCUUCUCCUGGGCGGAACAGCAUACGCCAACCACCUGACUUCAACACACGGCAUGAAGGCCAACUACAUUGCCAUCGGCGUUCACAUCUUUUCCUGGGUCGUGCAGUUCAUUGGACACGGAGUCUACGAGGGCCGAGCUCCUGCACUGUUGGACAAUCUGGUACAGGCGAUCUUUCUCGCCCCGUUCUUCGUCUGGCUGGAAAUACUGUUCGCAUUCCGCUAUAGGCCAGAACUAAAGGCACGCCUGGAUACUGCUAUCAAGGCAGAAGUUGCCAAGUUCAAGGCUCAGAAGCAGGGCCAGCAAGCGAAUGGUGAUCUCAAAGCGAAGGACGUCACCAAUGGCCAUGCGAAGUAA